AUGUAUGAAGGUGAAUCUCAUUUAUCACCAAUAUCGUCAGCGACGUUGGUUGUCGUUGAAGCAUCGUUGUUAUCAGACAUGCAUACCACAAAGAUGAACAUUGGCGAGAUGCUGCUUAUGAGCCACUUGGAACAGACUAUGAGGUUCCUCAAGAACAUCGUCGAGAGAAACGCGAGAGAUUUGAGUGAAGCAGUCACCUCUCCUUUCACGUGGUUAGGCUGUAUGGUCUUGAUAAUUGCUAUCAGAUUUUUCAAAGAACUCUACGAAAAUGGUGGAUGUCGUGCGUGGCUUGAAGCGCAGGAUCGAUGGUCAUACGACAAUCAGCCCCUCGAGGUUGACGACGGUUAUGAUGAAGAAAUCGACAUCUCGGACUACGGACUGGACAGCUGCCUGUAUGACGACGCCGCCAGCUUUGCUUCCGAUGGGCAUGAUGAUUUUUCAUACUUUUCCGACGACGAGACGGCUUGUGCUGCAAUAUUCGACAGCAACGACUCAUUCUAUGCUUUGAAUGCAACUGAAAUGUGCAAUUCAUCACUGCAGAACGACCCAACCCAGCAAGACGUGUAUACAAUUUUCUACCGUGGAUUUGAAGACCUUUCCGAUAAAUACCUUUUGGCGCCUUAG